UUGUAGCUGGGUCGGAGCUGGAGCGUGAGGCGCGGGGCGGGGUGAGUCGGGUCACUGGAUGCGGCCUUAGCAACGCUGCCCGUCUGCCGGAGCCUGAGGCCGAGCCCAGCGCUGGCAAAGAGACACCGAGCAAUACAACCAUCUCACCUUGAACCCGCCCCCGGCCUAACCUGAUCAUGCUGGAGGGACUGGCAGCCUGGGUCCUAAACACUUACAUUGGCAAAUAUGUAAAUAACCUCAACACAGACCAGCUCUCCAUAGCCCUGAUGAAAGGGGCUGUUGAAUUGGAAAACCUCCCUCUGAAGAGAGAUGCCCUGAAAGAGUUGGACUUACCUUUUGAGGUGAAAGCAGGUUUUAUUGGGAAGAUAACAUUGCAGAUCCCAUUCUACCGGCCUCACGUGGAACCGUGGGUAAUAUCCAUCUCUGGACUCCAUCUGAUCGGUGCGCCGAUUAAACAGUCUGACUUUGAUGAAGAAACAGAGCGUUCACUGGACAGAAAGAGGAAGUGUGCGCUGCUGGAUGCACUGGAGGCUAAAUGGAAGAGUAACCAGCAGCAGAAAGGGGAAUCCUACUGGUACUCGGCUACUGCUUCCAUGGUAACCAGAAUUGUGGAAAAUGUGGAGCUGAAGGUUCGAAAUGUCCAUUUGCGUUUUGAAGAUGACGUCACCAAUCCUGACCAUCCAUUUGCAUUUGGGUUCUGUAUCAAGAGUGUGUCUGUGCAGAAUGCAGAAGAUGAGUUGGCUGAGAAGUCAAUAAGGAAGAAGAGACUACAGCUUGAGGAUUUCAGUAUUUACUGGGAUGUGGACUGUGAGUUACUGGGGGACAUUCUUCCUGCUGAACUCCAGGAAGCAAUGGAUUGUUUCCUGGAAAACAGAGACCACAAGUACAUACUGGAACCAGUCUGUGCCUCCGCACUGUUAAAGAGGAAUGGAAGCAAAGAACCCUUGCGCUCCCGGAACACUCCACGCAUUGAGUGCGAUGUCAAGCUGAAGACAAUUCCGUUAAAACUAUCACAGGUACAGUACCAGCAAUUGAUGACAUUCCUGAAAGAAAUGGAAAGGAAAGAGCGACAGCUCCAAUUAAGAAAAUGGAGACCAAAAGUUCCCAUUAAAUCAAAUUCACGUGAGUGGUGGAAUUUUGCCUUGAAUGCAAAUCUUGCUGAGAUCCGUGAGCAGAGGAGACGAUUAAACUGGAUGUUUGUAUUGCAACGAGCAAGAGACGCUGUAAUUUAUACAGAGAAAUACCAUCAUAAGUUGAAAGGAAGCCUGAAUUCGUUUGAAGAUGAGGAGUUGGAGCGAAUUGAGGAUGAACAGACCUUUGAAGAGUUGAAAAUCCUGCGAGAGAUUGUAUAUGAACGGUUCAAGAAGCAAGAUACGCUGGCAGAGAGCCUGCGUGAGCCGCAAUCAGAACCUUUGGGUUCAUCCUCACGCUCAGAAUCUAUUCCUGGAAAUCGCAGUGGCAUGAUCCAGUACCUGCACUCUUGGUUCCCUGGAUGGGGUGGCUGGUAUGGCUACUCCCAGAAUCCUCAGCAGAUGGAACAGAGUGUAACUGUAGAGGGCCUCACAGCUGAAGAGCAGCAACGAUGGAAUUCAGAAGAGGAGCUAGACACUGAUGAAAUCUUUGAUAGUAUGACGGACACAUCAAGCAUGAACACGUUCACAAAGAGGGACCAUGUGUUUGUUAAACUGAACUUCCUGCUACAAAGUGGGACUGUCAGCUUGCUCAAACAUGAUAAGGAGAUGGGUCUUGGUGAGACAGAGACGGCCUUUGUGGAACUGGAGUUUUCAGGAGUGAAAAUUGGUGUGGAAUCCUCCCCUCGCACAGAAUCUUCACUGCUUUCGGUACAGCUGGGAGGCCUGUUCCUGCGAGACUUGGCUACACAAGGAUCCUUAUUCCCUGUCCUUGUCUCACCCAAACAGGAAAAAGAUGCUGCAAGCUUAUCUCAAACAUUGGGUAUGCGCUCCACGUUCCCUGAUGCAACCAGUAUGCAUCCAGCAUUUGGUUCUCUAUGUAAGAUGCCACCUGUGUUUGAAAUGAUCUACGAAAAAAAUCCAGUUCGGAGUAACUAUGAGAGGAGAUUGGAAGUUAGCACUCGGCCCCUGAACAUCAUCUAUAACCCUCUAGUUAUCAAGAAAGUUACAGAUUUCUUCUACAAGGGAAAAGUCCACACCUCAGGUUUUGGCUAUCAGUCAGAAUUAGAACUACGGGUGGCAGAAGCUGCCAGACGGCAGUACAAUAAACUAAAGAUGCAAACGAAGGCGGAGAUCAGACAAACCAUCGACCAGCUACUGGUGGGCGAAUUCAUUGAAAAAGACAAACGCUGGAUGAUGAAAUUAGAUAUUUCGGCUCCUCAGGUGAUUUUUCCAGAUGAUUUCAAAUCCCCAGAUUCUGUGCUGGUUGUUGUGGACCUGGGUCGAAUUCUGCUGACAAAUUUUGGAGAUGAGCCAAAAGGUAGAGCCAAUGUAGGACUUUCAGUUCAAGACGAAGAGAUCAGUGACGAUGAGUACAAGACGCCACUUGCCACACCGCCCAACACCCCUCCUCCAGAACCCGACACUGAUCCUGCAACGAAGACCCCAGAAUUCCUGACAUUAGGAUUUACUGAGGAGCAAUUGCAGCAACAUUUUAUCAACAAUAAACUUUAUGAGAAAUACUCGCUGUCCUUUAUGGACAUGCAGAUCAUGGUUGGGCGAGUAAAGGAUAAUUGGAAACAUGCUCAGGACAGCGAGGUUGGGCCAACGCAUGUUGUUGAGAAAUUUAAUGUACUGUUGCAACUAGAACGGCGGUUAAUGUACACCUCUGACCCAAAUCGUCCUGGUGCCAUGCUUUCUGGGACCUUACCUGAGCUUAAAAUACACAUAAAUGAGGAUAAAAUCACGGCAUUGCGCAAUUUUUUGUCGAGGGUGACCGCUUCCGAGGUACAACAGAAAUCGAGUGAACAGCAGUCUCUGCGACGAGAAAAUAUCUUUAAGAAAGUGGAUAGCCGAGGGAAGCUGCUGGAUUCAAAGAUGAGCCUCACACAGAGUGUAAUGUCACUUGAGCAGCAUACUCGUGAGGUACUGGUCGAGUCCAAGCUGCUCCUAGCAGAAUUCAAUGUUAAUUACAUGCAGUUGGGUGUUGAGAGUUGUGGACGAUACAUAGCUGUUUUGAAGGUUUUUGGCAUCAGUUCCAACUUUGUGAAAAGGCCUUAUGAUAGUGAAGUGAUGCUAACUGUACAUGGGUUGUUGCUGGUGGACACAGUGCAGACCUAUGGCUCUGACUUUGACUUGCUAAUGGCUUCACACAAAAACUUGAGUUUCGAUGUUCCCACUGGCAGUCUUCGAGAUAGUGGAGCACAAUCUCCUGUCUCUCCUCACCCUCCUCACCCUUCAGUCACUACAAUGGCCAAUGGUGCCUCACAACUUAAGGAUAAAAGCACAUUGAAUAACUCUUCAGCAUUGGAAGUGCAAGUACCAGCAUCCUCUCCUGCUCAGGACCAAGAUGUCCUGAUUAAACUGGAAUAUCAAUUUGUGAGCUCUGACUGUCCUUCUAUGAACUUGGACAGCUCCUUACAGGUCACGUCAUUGCAAGUCAAUAACCUGGACAUUAUCCUUAACCCAGAAACCAUGGUAGAACUCAUUGGCUUCCUACAGAAGUCAUUUCCAAAAGGCAAAGAUGACACAAGUCCACAGCCUUCACUUAUUGAUCCAGCAAUGAGUUUUGAGGAAAGAGAGUCUAUUCAGUCUACCUAUGAUCAGAACACGCAGGUGGCAGUAGAAAUCCAUCGACUCAACGUGCUACUCCUCCGGACUGUUGGGCUUGCAAGUGGUGAAAAAUUAGGGAGAAAAAUAGCUACGGCUAGUAUCAAUGGCACAAAGGUAAAUGUUUCCAUGGGCAGCCGAUUUGAAAUGCAUGGGUCCCUUGGCUGCCUUCAGUUAGUGGACCUGACCCAAGAUGAAGUAAAGAACCAUUUUGUGGUAAGCAUUGGUAAUACAGAAGCAUAUGAAGCAGUAAGUGACUUUGGUUUCUUCCAGUCUAUCUUCAUGAGGUCUGAAACUGAGAUGAACCACAGUGAAGCACUGAGCUUCAAGUUUGUUGAACGGUCAGAGGAAGAGUUUUUGCUGAAUCUGCACAUGGCAUCCUUACAUUAUAACCAUUCACCCAAAUUUCUUAAAGAACUCACCUUAUCCAUGGAUGAACUCGAGGAUAACUUCCAAAACAUGUUGAAGAGCGCAGCUUCCAAAGUUUCCACUGUUCUAGUGAACAAAACGGCAGAGUACAGCGAGAUGGUCUUGCUUUUCGAGAAACCGCGGAAAUCACGGGAAAUGUUUGGUUUUGAACUUGACGAUGACAUAGACGGUGGGAUGGAAUCUCCUCAGCAGAACCCAGUAAAAUUAAUCUUGAACAUCAACAUUGAGUCACCAGUGGUCGCAGUUCCACGAAAACCUGGAAGCUCGGAGUUGUUAGUUGGGCACUUGGGCCGGACUUCCAUCCAGAACUUUGUGACUGGUGAGGAUGAUUCUGAGAGAAACCGGCUGCAGGUGGAAAUUAAAGACAUUAAACUGUAUUCCCUGAGUAACAACAUACGUAGCUGCAGGCCAGAUGCCAGUGAAUCCCCUCGGCCAGGUUCGGGUGCUGCCAGUGCUUCCAGCCAGGAAGAAAUGCACUUCACACGACAAGAUUUCUUCGACUCUGUGCACAAGGGUCAAGCCUUUCAUAUCUUGAAUGACACCACAAUCCAGUUUGUCUUAGAGAAAAUUCCUGUUGACUCAAAUCCAGGAUUGUCUUUCCCAGUUGUAAAUUCUUCAGAUUCCUUUGAGACCACCAGUAAGAUGAAGAUCGAGGGAAAGUUCGUCAAUCCUCUUAAGGUAAUGUUGGCAAAACACGUUUAUGAACAGGUCCUACAGACAUUGGAUAACUUGACACACAGUGAGGAUCUCAGCAAAAUCCUGCACAGUUCAAACACUGCCACUCCAGAACCUCGCAGUGCUUCUUCAACAUUGAGAAGCCCAAAAUUCUCUGAUUUCCAACGAGAGUGGAAAGGGAGCGGGCUUUUUGGCCAAGUGAGCUAUCCGUCAACUCCAGUUGAUUUUCCAAUUCCAGAAUCAAGAUCAUUCACCCAAAUUCAUGCUAAUUUCUGCAUCUCUGAGCUGCAGGUUCAGCUGUGUGGGGAUCUCACUCUGGAAUCACAAGGUUUGGUUAGCUUAAUAUUUCAAGACUUUGAAGUUGAGUUCAGUAAAGACCAGCCUCAUACACUCUCUAUUCAGAUCGCUCUACGGUCAUUGCUGAUGGAAGAUUUGCUGGAAAAGAACCCAGACUCGAAGUAUAAGCAUUUAAUGGUGUCUAGAGGAGCACCAAAGCCUUCCAGUUUCACCCAAAAGGAAUAUUUGUCCCAGUCUUGUCCAUCUGUCUCCAAUAUAGAAUAUCCUGAGAUGCCACGAUCACUGCCAGCACACAUGGAAGAGGCACAAAAUGUCUUCCAGUUUUACCAGAGGCCAACCUCCACACGAAGGAAGCGUAAAGUGAACAAAGACGCAGAGUAUCCUCUGACCCCUCCACCAUCCCCAACAUUGAAAAGCUCCAAAGUGCACUGUGCUAGAACAAAUUUUGAUGAUUCACUAGUACACAUUAACAUUUUCCUGGUGGAUAAGAGGCAUCCAGAAUUUUCCACACGUUACAACAAUGUCAACAGGAAUGUGGAUGUGGAUUUCAACUGCUUGGAUGUGUUGAUCACACUUCAGACUUGGGUGAUGAUCUUGGAUUUCUUUGGGAUUGGCUCAACGGCCAACAACCAUGGCUUGAAACCUCCAGUGGAGGAGCUCCAGCAUCAAACAAGAUCUGAUGCAGCAGGCGCUCUAUCUGAGGCAGGCCAGGAGCCAGUAAACACAAAGUUGGAUCUGAAGGUUCACUCGCUGUCUCUGGUGCUGAAUAAAAAGACAAAUGAACUUGCCAAAGCCAAUGUGUCCAAACUGGUAGCACAUCUUGCGCUGAUAGAUGGGGACUUUGCUCUACAAGGCAGUCUCGGCAGCCUUUCGCUCAGUGAUCUGACACCCCACGGAGAGCUGUACAGGGAACGUUUUACCACUAGUGGCAAAGAGGCACUUGUGUUCAACAUUUACAAGUAUGGCAGAGCAGACCCGAAGCUGAAGCGAGAUUGUGACAUGAGAGUGAGCCUUCAAAUGGCAUCAGUGCAGUAUGUGCACACCCAGCGUUUCCAGGCUGAGGUGGUGGCAUUUAUUCAGAACUUUACACAACUUCAGGACGUACUGGGGCGACAGAGAGCAGCCAUAGAGGGACAAGCAGUGCGAGACAGGGCACAGAGAGCUUCUCGGAUCUUACUUGACAUUGAGGCUGGCGCUCCAGUCCUUCUAAUCCCAGAAAGCUCCAAAUCAAACCAGCUGAUUGUGGCAAACCUUGGUAAACUGAAAGUGAAGAACCAGUUCUUAUUUGCUCGGUCACCGGGUACAUUCUCGCUGCGAGACAAGAAUCCUGAGAGCUUCCCUCUACCUCAAGAUACCCCACUAUACAUUCAGAAGACAACAGCAACCAGCACAGGCAAUCCCCAGUCCAUUCCCUGCAGGCCGGACAAACUGAGUACUGGAGCCAGCUCCUCUGAUAAAGCAAAUCUUAAUAAGCGGCAAACUGAAUCUGGACCGAGCCUGCAUUGCAAAUCACGAGAGGAGCAGCAUGACCAACCACAGAUUGUGGAGCUGCAGGAAUCUGAGGAUGAACAUAUCUGCUUAUUGGACUGCAUCGUGGUUGACCUACAGGACAUGGACAUCUUCACUGCAGAGAGACACUCUAGAGACCCUUCUGGAAGGCCUGAGAACUGUGGUUUGGACUUGCUUUUUCCAUCUUACCUGGUGAGACAUGUAGAUGGGAACCUGCUGAAGGAGCGAUGCUGGCUGAAGCUGCAAGUUGAGCGGAACCUGGAUAAGGAGAUAAGCCAUGUUGUCCCCGAUGUGGCGAUCCACGGUAGUCUGUCAUCGGUACACUGCUCUCUGGAUCUUAAUAAAUACAAACUGAUUCGUGGGCUAAUUCAAAACAACUUGGGGGAACCCAUUGAAGAGUUCAUGAGGCCAUUUGACUUACAAGACCCCAGCAUACAUACAGUCCUUACUGGAGAAGUAUACACGAACAUGUCCUUUCUGAUUGAUAUGAUGAAUGUCAGCUUGGAGCUCCUGGAGUCAAAGGGCAAGGGCACAAACGGCAGUUCACUGGCAAGGUUUGAUUUCAAAAAGUCAAAGCUGCUUUAUGAGAGCUUUUCAAACACAACAAAGUCCGUAAAUUUGGUGUCUCACUCAAUGAUGGCAUACGAUACCCGAAGCACUGGACAAGCAAUGAACCCUGACGCCAAACCGAAUGUGUUUGGAUGCAUUUUGGAUGCAUCAAAAAAUAGUAGCAACCGAGCCUCACUGCAGAUGGAACUGCAUUACAGGUCAACCAGAGAUACUUCAUGCUUCACUGUGGUUCUGAACAACCUGCGUGUCUUUGUUAUAUUUGAUUGGCUGAUGCUUGUGCGGGAAUUCUUACAAACGUCUGAUAACAGCCCAAAGAAACAAGAAAACGCCUCACCAGCCCGCAACCGAAAAGUUGGUGGCGAGGUCUUGGUCCCCAAAACGGUGAAGUAUGGAGUUAUCACAAAGCGAUCUUCUGUGCCAGUGCCGAAUGAGAAAUACUUGGAAGUGAAAAUCAAUGUAACUGGCACUGAAUUUGUUGUGGUUGAAGACAUGUCAUGCAACGAUACAAAUGCAAUCAUUCUGAAGGCAACCACUGUGCUCACCUAUAAGCCACGGCUUGUGGAUCGGCCAUUCUCUGGCAGCCUUGGAGGAAUUGAGGUGUUUUCAUGCCGACUUGGCAACGAACAAGAGACUGCUCUGUCCAUCAUUGAUCCUGUGAACGUGCAGAUAGAAUUGAUUGGAAACCCUAUCUAUCAGAAGAGCUCAGGGCUGCUGGAUGCCUUUGGCAGUGAGGAUUUCCCACCAGUACUUGAGAUUCAGUUUUCUACCCUUGAUAUCAGGCUUUCAUACAAUGAUGUCCAGCUAUUCCUGGCAAUUGUGAAGUCUUUUCCUAAACAAACCACUGCUAUACCCAUUGGGCCUGAUCCUGAUUCAGUGAAUGGAAACACCAAUUCAGUUCGUUUGGCAGGCAGCUCAACAGCAGGAUCUGGGAAAAAAGAGACAACCAAAUACCAGAUGGAUCCUAUCCUUGAAUUGCAGCUGGAUCGACUCCAGGACCUUGGGUUCAGUCUGGAAGAUUGUCGCAGAGCAUUGCUGCUAAGCAAAGGCCAACUGAAUCAGGCUGCCACCUGGCUGUUCAAGAAUGCUGAACCAGUGUCAGCAAACGGAACAGCAUCCAGCAGCAAUGGCCAUGGAACAGGCGCAGCAUUGCUGAUCUCUGGGAUCGAGGUGAAAGCUGAAAGCAUCUGUAUCUGCCUGAUUGAUGACUGCAUGGAUUGUGAUAUACCUCUUGCUGAACUUACCUUUUCAAGACUGUACUUCCUGCAGAGAGUCGGGACAAACCCAGAAGGCUCCUCCAAUUUUACCUUUUCCGGAGAUUACUACAACCGUGAGUUGUCAGGCUGGGAACCUUUUGCUGAGCCUUGGACUUCUUUUCUGAGCUGGCAGCAGCAGGCAGCCAGCCGUCUACAUCCACCACGCCUUAAAUUGGACCUGCAGGCAAAACAACGACUUGACAUCAAUAUCACAUCUGUCCUGAUGGAGCAAUAUAAAAGGACUAAAGCCUCCUGGAUUGCUGAUUACUGUAAGAAGGAAGAAGGGGAGUAUCCAGGAACAUCUCAGUGGAGGACAGGGAUGUAUCUCGAUCCAUUAAUGCUUGGACAGACAGAAGGAAAGAUACCAAAACGACGGCAGCCAUUCGUGCCAUAUGCCCUCAGGAACCACACAGGUUGCACCAUGUGGUUUGCCACACUCACCACCACUCCAACUAGAGUGGCACUUUCUCACAGUGAGAGUCCUGGUUUCAUACAUGAAGGAUCUGUUGCAGAACUUGAUGACACACACAAUGUUAGCCAAUGGCGUGAGGUGCUCCCAGGAGAAGAAGUGCCUUUUGAAUUUGAAGCCAGGGAAAAGCUAAGACACAGACACACUCAUGAAUUGAAGAUUCACCAACUUUUAGUGCGGGUGAACGGGUGGGAACAAGUGAGCCCAGUGUCUGUGGACAAAGUUGGCAUCUUCUUCCGGUGUGCAGCACCUGAUCGAAAUAAUCAGUCUUCCACGGUUGGGAGUCCCAUCAGCAAGACCAAUAUAAUACAUCCACAUGUCUAUUUCUCAGCAUUGCCCCCUGUGCGGGUUGUGUUUUCUGUGACUCUGGAGGGGAGUGCAAGAAAAGUGAUAACUGUCCGCUCAGCGCUGAUUGUGAAAAACAAAUUGGAGGUACCCAUGGAACUGAGACUGGACAGCCCAUCUGCCCCAGACAAACCUGUGGUGUUGCCAGCAGUGUUACCAGGUGAUUCAUUAGCAAUCCCCUUACAUCUAACAUCUUGGCGUCUACAAGCGAGACCAAAGGGACUUGGGCUGUUCUUCUGUAAAACACCCAUCCAUUGGACCAGUGUGGCAAAAGUAGGGGAGGUGAACAGCAGCAAGCGCGAGUGUCAUUCGUCAGACUGUGAUGACAGCUGCUCCUACAGGUAUUGUGUAGCAGUUAAGAAGGAGAACUACCCUGACUACAUGCCCUUAAAUUUGAUGUCCGGCAAUGCAAUGCAGGUUUACCGACAGCCAGGUCACACCAUCUACUUGCUACCCACCCUCGUCCUGACAAAUCUACUACCCUGUGAGCUUUCCUACUAUGUGAAAGGCACCUCCAUCAAUGGACCAUUGAAGCAGGGGAAAGAUGCUGUGCUGCACACAGCUGACACAUCUCAGAACAUCGAGCUUGGAAUUACACUAGAAAACUUUCCCGCAUGCAAGGAACUCCUAAUACCAGCAGGGACCACUAACUAUCAUGUUCGUAUGCGUCUUUAUGACACCAAAAAACGCCUGCUGAACCUGAGCAUUCGGAUUGUGUGCAGAGCAGAGGGCUCCCUGAAGAUACUCAUUUCUGCACCUUACUGGCUCCUCAACAAGACAGGGCUGCCAUUAAUUUUUCGACAGGACAAUGCCAAGGCUGAUGCAGCAGGACAGUUUGAGGAGCAUGAGCUUGCACGUAGCCUCAGCCCCCUCCUGUUCAGCUUUGCAGACAAGGAGCAACCUAACAUGUGUACCAUGCGAAUUGGGAAGGGGAUCCAUCCAGAUGCAGUUCCUGGUUGGUGUCAGGAAUUCUCCCCAGAUGGAGGCAGUGGUGUACGAGCAGUGAAAGUGAUUCAGCAUGGGAACAGGCCAGGACUCAUUUAUAGUAUUGGAAUUGAUAUCAGGAAAGGUAGAGGACGCUACAGAGAUACCAACAUAGUGACUUUUGCACCCCGAUACCUACUGGACAACAAAUCCUCCCACAAGCUGGCCUUCGCCCAACGAGAGUUUGCCAGGGGCCAGGGCACUCAAAAUCCAGAUGGUUACAUUUCAACUCUACCUGGUGCCAGCGUGGUAUUUCAUUGGCCGAGAAAUGAUUAUGAUCAGUUGUUAUGUGUGCGCCUGAUGGAUGUUCCCAAUUGCACUUGGUCGGGUGGCUUCGAGGUGAGCAAGAACAACUCCUUCCACGUCAACAUGAGAGAUACUCAAGGCAACUGUCACCUCCUGCGAGUGGAGAUCACUCUGAAAGGAGCGACGUACCAUAUUGCAUUCAGUAACUCCGAACAGCUGCCGCCACCGUUCCGCAUCGACAACUUUUCAGAAGUUGCAGUCAUUUUCAACCAACAUGGUGUGGCAGAGCCAAGACUAAAGACAGAGGUAAAACCAGGCACCUCACUGAAUUAUGCCUGGGACGAGCCUGUCCUUCAGCCUCUCAUCGCGCUAACAGUGAAAGGGGCAGGCUCAUCAGAAAUUACCUGUGAUAUGAAUGACUUCAAAGAGUCCAAACAACUUUACUAUGAAAAUUUCAUCUACAUCGCUGCCACAUAUACCUUCUCUGGGCUCACAGAAUCUUCCGGGAGGCCGGUUGCUCGAGGUUCUGGAAAGAAAAGUAUUAGCUUUGCAGAAUUAGUCCUGGAUGUUGCACCCAAAACUGGAAGAGUGAUACUGAAAAAAAAGGAACCAGGUAAAAGAUCACAGCUUUGGCGCAUGACUGGAAAUGGGAUGUUAUGCCAUGAGGGCUCUUCUCCUCCUCAUAACCCCAACAAACCCUCCUCCAGUAGACAGUCAAACUCUGAACUGGUCCUGGACAUUGCAGGUUUGGCUGCCGUCACUGACUACAGGUAUGAGCCUCUCAUGCUGAAAAAGCCAGAGUGGCGUCGCAGCAGUACACAGACAUGGUUUUUCCACGAUGGACGUUUGAGCUGCGGCAUGCCAAGAAUGGUAGUACAGGUAUCAAAAGGCUUAUACGACGGAGUGGAAGUAGUACUGGGCCCAGAUCCUUCCCUUGGCCUAGAACAAGUUCCAAUUGAGCAGCAGUUCAUAAACCAGAAGAUGAGACCUGGUUCAGGAGUUCUGGCUUUGCGUGUCAUUCCUGAUGGUCCAACACGAGUAUUGCAGAUUACUGACCAACAGCAUCGCAGAACAAAUCGUUCUCUCACAGGAAAUGAAGACUGCCCAAUAGUAGAAAUCAGUGAAAUUCGGAAGUUAAAGAACUUGGAAGCUGAACAAGAAUUAGAGAUUUUAGUGAAACUGGAUGGGGGAGUUGGUUUGUCGCUGGUUAACAAAGCCCCUGAGGAAUUGGUGUUUACCACUUUAACAGGAAUAGAUGUUCAUUACACCCAGACUGCCGCCAGUCAGAUGCUGGAGGUCAGCAUUCAGGAUGUACAGAUUGAUAACCAGCUCUUGGGGACAACGCAACCUGUAAUACUCUCACUAACCCCCAACAGCCUUGAAAGUGAAAUAGAUAGCAUUGAAACAGGCCCUGCUGUUCAGAUCAAUGCAAUGAAGAUCCCUAGCAAGAGUGCACUGACUGAACUUUUCAAGCAUCUUAUGAUCACAGUGCGGAAAUUAACAGUUCAAAUCGAAGAGAAACUCUUACUGAAGCUGCUGCACUUCUUUGGCUUGGGGCAAUUGGAUCAAGAUGUAGAAAAACCAGAUGAAAAUGCCCCUGAACAGAACAGUGAGCAAGGUGGGACAGCAAAACGCUACUAUUUUGAAAAUCUCAAACUCAGCAUGCCACAAAUCAAGAUGAGUGUGUUCACCUCCAGCAAACUACCUGUCGAACUCAAGGCUUUGAGGGGCGUUCUGGGAAUCCGGUUGAUCCGGUUUGAGGAUGCAGUUAUUCACUUGGAUCCAUACACCCGAGUGCACCCGUAUGAGACACAGGAAUUUAUCAUCAAUGAUAUUCUCAAGCACUUUAAGGAGGAGUUGAUGAGUCAGGCGACUCGAAUCCUGGGCUCGGUGGAUUUUUUGGGUAAUCCCAUGGGGCUUCUGAACGAUGUAUCAGAGGGUGUCUCAGGACUGAUCAAAUAUGGAAACGUUGGAGGCCUGAUACGAAAUGUCACACAUGGUGUCUCCAAUUCGGCUGCUAAGUUUGCUGGGACUUUAUCAGAUGGAUUGGGAAAGACAAUGGACACCAGACAUCAGGCCGAGCGGGAAUCCAUCCGCUAUCAAGCAGUGACCAGUGGUGAACACCUUGUGGCUGGCAUUCAGGGACUAGCUCAUGGUAUUCUUGGUGGAUUCACCAGUGUCAUCACUUCAACAGUAGAAGGAGUGAAAACAGACGGUGGCGUCAGUGGUUUUUUCUCAGGCCUUGGAAAGGGACUGGUUGGCACGGUAACCAAACCAGUGGCAGGUGCUCUUGACUUUGCUUCAGAGACAGCUCAGGCUGUGCGAGAAACCACAACAAUAACCAACCAUAGGAUGCUUAUCCAGAGAGUUCGAAAACCGCGCUGUUGCAUUGGACCCCAUGGCCUCCUACCCCGAUACUCUGAGAAACAGGCCGAAGGGCAGGAGCAGCUUUUCAGAGUGACUGACAACAUUCAGGCUGAAUUUUUCAUUGCUGUGGAACAGAUAGACAGUUACUGUGUUCUCAUCUCCUCGAAGGCUGUAUAUUUUUUGAAGCAUGGCGAGUAUAUUGACAGGGAUGCUAUUUUCCUCGAGGUCAAGUACGAUGACCUAUACCACUGCCUCAUCACAAAGGAUCACGGGAGGGCAUAUUUACAGCUGACAAAAAAAGCUGAAAGCUCGAGCAGUGGAGUGGCCAUACCUGGGCCAUCGCAUCACAAACCAAUGGUCCAUGUGAAGUCAGAGAAACUCGCUCUUAAGAUCUCGCAAGAAAUUAACUACGCCAAAAGCCUCUACUAUGAGCAGCAGCUCAAGCUACAAGCCAACCAGAACCAAGAGAACCUGGAGCUGGACUCCUAGAAGCCUUUCAAGUAAACAACAGCUUACAACAAAAUACUAUAACAAACAACAUUGGUCCCAAUGUAUAAUAGUGUAUUCUAUGAGCAGGAGUCUCGUGAACUCGUUUCCUUUGGACCUCAUCUUAAAACCUAGUUGAAGCAAGCAGGUGAGGGAUUGAUGACAUGCGUGAUUUUGGGGAUGAUUUAUUACAAGAACCACCUGAGGAGCAGGUUCUGUUCAAAUUGUAUUUUACAUUUUAUAUAUUGUAUUUACAGAGAAAAAUUGUGAGAGUUGAGAGUUCUUUAUAUUUUACUAAUCUGUACAUACCUGUAAUAUUACUUUAAUGUAAAUAUUCAGAAAAAUCUCACAGGAGCUGUUGUGUACAGAAGCUGCAUUCACAAUCAGCUGCAGUGUAAUGUAACAUGUCUUUAUUGCACUAGUACUAUGCAUAAACACACUUGAUUUUUCAGGGCAAUACAAGCCCCUGGAGUGGUCAGGGAAUCUGCAUAUGCAAAAAGAGUCACCAAACCUACUAGCUACUGUUCUCAGAUCCUUGCUUCUCAUAAAACUUAGUCAGAGUCACUGUAUUUGCAAAUUGGUAAGCAAGAAGAAUUGUUAGCACGUGCAGGGAAAAUCCGGUUGAGGGGGAAAUGACAUAUUUGCAGAGUGGGUAUAGAAAGUGUUGUGUUUCAAUGGUGCAGUAUUAAGUCACUUUUAUGGUAAUGUGUGGGAGAUUGAGCCACAGUGAGGUGAUUGCUGCCUUCUCGGUGAUGAGUGGCUGAGUCAGAUGGGGAGGAUGUUAUCUCAUACGGCCAAAAAUUUGAGCCAGAGGCAAAGUAAUGUGUAGAAGGGUUCUACCUUUCUUCUCUAUCUUCAGUUGGAAUAAAGCUAAUGCCACUUGUGUGUACCCUCCUCCUCCUCACUGUCUGGCUUCUGUCAAAGGAGUACAAAUAUAGCAGUACGGAGCAAAUUGGUCUCUCUCUGAUUGCAGAAUGCAGUACAGGUACUUCUUGAGAAAUAGCCGUUGAAUAUGGUCAGAUCCUGAUGGGAAUUGGAGGAAGUCUAUGAUAGAGUACUAUUUGUGUAAGCACAACUGCACUGAAACUUACUGUAAGUAUACUUAAAGUGUACAUGUGUUGCUGCGUGUACUCAACAUGAAGUUUGUAGUCAUACAGUUGGGUAGUUAGAGCUCUCUAGAAAAGGAAAGACUAUAUCAGUAAAACCCCAGUUAUAAUACAGAGGGACCUUAUCUCUCCACUGUACACACUAAUGUAUUGGACAAAUUUCUAUCACUACUAUUUUCUGUUAUUGCACAAGGAAUCAGGAAUAAUACAUCAUGGUAUUCAGACAGUGGUUGGUUUGGUGAGGAGGGUUGAGUAUUAGUGACCCCCCAGUAGUUUUGAACUGGACAGCCAGAUUUAAUGGCUGGCUGGUCAUUUUGGAGAAUGUACAAGAAGUGGACAACCAAAGACUCUGCACAUGUGCAAGCAUCCCAGGUGAACAGAGCUGUAUUUUCAGCCUGAGCAAAAGAUGGCUACACUGAAGACAGAGGUGGGCCAGCCUGUUCAAUCAUAGACUGUCUGUUGCACAGCGGAUCUCUGUAAUCUGAUAAUAUUUGAGAGUCACUGACCAGCCUGCUUCAUGAGAGACCCUGAUCAACUUGCCGCACAGAGAACUGUGUGGGUAGUUGUUAUAUUCCUGCUUUCCUUCUAAAUAACCACCUUUGAAAUUAUUUUACAAGUUUUCCCAGGUUUGGCAAGGGGAGGGCAUGGGUUUAGGGUGAAACAGGUUUAUAUUUUCCUGUGAGGGACAUGUGACAAAAAGAUGAUUCCGGACUCACCACCCCCCCGCCCCCCAACGUAGUUGAUUUUUUGUGAAUUUUUAUUAUAAAAUAAAAUGAAUUAUUACAAAAA